AUGAAGCUUAAGGUGUUCUCCAUCGUGGGGUUUGGAGGGGUUGGAAAGACUACGCUGGCCCUGGAGGCGUGCCGGCAGCUGGAGUCCGAGUUUCAACGCCAAGCACAAGUGUCUGUGUCCCAGAUCUUCAACGCGGAGAAGGAUAUGGAGGGGCUUCUGCAGCGCGUGAUUCAGCAGAUCGUGAAGCCAAAAGCAAAUAAUGAGGAAGGCAUCAACGUGGAGGAAUCUCCCCAGGGCAACAUGACUUUGAAAGAGCAGCUCGAGUCGACACUCCAGGACAAGAGGUACCUAAUUGUGAUCGAUGAUGUGUGGACCAUAGCAGCUUGGGAUGCAAUCCUAGCCAACUUGCCAGAGAACCACCGUGGAAGUAGAAUCCUGGUGACAACUCGGAUAGCGACAGUGGCUAAAGCAUGCAGUAAUAGAAGUGAGUAUAUCUAUCCAAUCGAGCCCCUGAAUUCAGAAGACUCCAAGAGGUUGUUCCUCAGUAGAACAUUUCCAUCCGUUGGUGCCACUUGCCCUGAUAGCUUAAAAGUUGCAAUGCAAGAUAUUUUGAGAAAAUGUGGUGGGCUUCCAUUGGCCAUUGUCAGCAUUGCCAGCUUCUUGAGAAACUAUAAUUCACCAGAUGGAAAAGAUAUGUGGGAAAGAGUUUCCAAGUCGAUUGGAUCUCACAUGGAGAGCCAACCUAGCCUUGAGAGGAUGAGGCAGAUAGUCACACUCAGCUACAACCAUUUGCCUCAUGACAUAAGGUGUUGCAUGAUGUAUCUUAGCAUUUUCCCAGAGGAUUAUGCGGUCAACAUGCAUCGUCUGUUGCAUAAAUGGAUUGCUGAAGGAUUGGUUGCUGAGGUGCGUGGAUUGACCUUGCUGGAGGUUGCCCAAGCAUACUAUGAAGAACUUCUCAGUAGGAAUAUGAUUGUUCAGGCAGCAGAGGAAGUUAGAAACGAGGUUAGCAGGGAGACGUGCCGAGUGCACGACAUGGUGCUUGAGGUCAUGGUGUCUAAAUCACUAGAGGCCAACUUUGUUAGCCUGAUAGGUGGGCCGUACGAAGGGAUGGCAUAUGAUAAGAUUCGUCGUCUCUCCAUCCAUGGUGAAGAAGAGGAAUCUGUGGACUUGACAUCCAAGAAAAAGGGUGUGAGGAAUAUAGAGAUGGAGGUAAAACAUGUCCGAUCACUGAGCAUGUUCAAUAACCAAGGGCACUACCUGCUUGAUAGACUGGGUGAAUUCACCCUACUAAGGGUACUUGACCUGGAUCACUGCAAGGGCCUACAGAACAAGCAUAUGGGAGAUAUUUGCCGGUUGUACUUUCUUAGGUACUUGAGCAUGAGGGAAACAAAUGUCAGUGUGAUGCCUCCGGAAGUUGGUAAGCUGGAGCAAUUACUGACACUUGACGCGCGUGGCACGCUCCUUGAAGGCCUUCCAGAAACUGUGAUCAAGUUGCUUAAACUUGAGCGCCUGUUUUUCAGCAGCAUCUGUGUCUGGGAAGUUCUGUGGACGCCGCCCAGGGGUGUCUCAAAAAUGAAGGCUCUGCGCGAGGUGAUUAAAAUUGGCAUCUCAGACGACAUUGAGGUUGUUAAAGAGAUUAGUAAACUGCAACAGAUGCAGCUGAUACACAUCUUCGUGAAAAGGAGCGUACCUAGUGAGGAGGUCCUUCGGGAGCUUGCCGUCUCUCUGAGCAAGAUAUACUCUAUGCGGUCACUCAACAUUGGGCAGAUAGGUAACACGGCUAAUACAUUGGACUUUCUACAUUACGUCUCGCCGCCACGGCUCAUUCGUAAGAUAUGGAUUUCUGGCAGCAUGGGUGGAUUGCCGUCCUGGAUCGGGUCACUCACAUAUCUUGAAGAGAUCGAGCUUUUGUGCGCAUUCCUUGUUGAUGACCAACUAUUCGAAAUUCUGUGCGAGUCCCCCAACCUGAAGAGCAUCAUUUUGCAUCGUAAUUUCUGGACUCGAAGGGAGCUUGUUGCACGGACCGCACACAAGUUUAUGGCGCUCAGAAGCUUGCAUGUGUCCCUUGCUGAUGAAUUUCCCGAAGUUCUGCGAUUCGAGCAAGGAGCCAUGACAAGCCUAGAGAGUCUUUCUCUGCAUAUAGGUGAUAAUAACAACAACUUUGACGGCAUCGAGCACUUAACAAACCUCAAAGAGGUGCACCUCUCUGGUGGUAGAGACUACUCUGCAAUGAAGCUUGCCCUCGACAUGCUAAAAGCGGAGAAUGAGAGGCGGCACUCCAAAGUGUUCAAGAUCACAGUGAGAUAUUAA